AUGGCCAGCUUGCAGAUAUCGGAGCCCGCCCUCGAAGCCUCUUCCCAGACCAAGGGGCGAUGGCGGCUAUAUUUCAUUCUGCUUGCGCUUUAUCUUUCGGCGUUCAUUGCGGCUCUGGAUUCGACCGUAGUCUCCACCGCCAUACCUGUGAUCGUGUCAGAACUGCACUCCGCUACGGGUUACACUUGGAUCGGCGGGGCUUCUAUGCUGGCAAAAGCGUGCACGCUUCCGCUUUGGGCCAAAUUUAGCGAUAUCUGGGGCAGGAAACCCAUUAUCCUCAUCAACAUCGGUCUCUACGCCGUCAGCUGCGUCAUAUGUGCACUGUCCCGCAAUGUUGCUACGUUGCUGUGCGGCCGUGCCCUCCAAGGCGUUGCUGGCGGUGCUCUCCUACAGCUGCCAGCGGCCAUCAUCUCCGACCUCUUCAGUGUCAGGCAACGCACCCUUUACCUGGGCCUUUUCCAGCUGAACUUCGCCCUUUCUGCAGGCGUGGGUCCUCUGAUUGGAGGAACACUGGCUGAGCUAGCGUCCUGGCGAUGGAUCUUCUGGAUGAAUAUUCCCAUCUGCGUUCUGGGAUUCCUGCUCGUCUUGUUCUUGCUCGAUAUCCACAACCCGCGGACCAAACUUGGCGACGGCCUCCGUGCAAUCGACUGGACAGGCAUGCUAGCCAUCAUAGGCCUGACUCUCAUGAUUCUGCUGGCUCUGGACUUUGGCGGCGUCAUCUACCCGUGGAAUUCCCCAAAGAUCGUCUGUCUGCUUGUCUUCGGCUGUCUCUUGUCCGUCGUGUUCGCCUUCAAUGAGGUCAGCUUGGCCAACAACCCCUUGAUGCCGCUGAGGGUUUUCCGCAACAAAUCCAAUCUCGCAGCCCUUGCAGCCGUAUCCAUGCACAGCAUGGUUUUCAUGGCUGGCGAGUACUUCCUGCCUCUGUACCUCCAGUCUGCCAAGCAGCUCACCCCCAUCCGCUCCGGUAUUCUCGUCCUUCCAUUGGUGCUGAGCACAGCACUGACUGGCCUUGCGGUCGCCAUCUUCACCCACCAAACCGGAGAGUACUUGCACCCUUUGCGGUUAGGUUUCUUUCUCCUGUCUUUGGGCACCGGGCUCUACAUGCUCUUGAAGGCCGACGCCUCCAACGCCCUGAUCGUCGGAGUCGAAAUCAUUGCAGGCGCCGGCUCAGGCCUCUGCUUCCAGCCGCCGAUCAUAGCUGUCCAGGCCUUCGUCUCUUCCGAGGACACUGCUACGGCCACUGCAGCCACUGCUUUUGCUCGCAAUCUCGCGGCUGCCUUCUCCAUCGUCAUUGGGGGUGUCCUGCUGCAGAACGGCUUGAAAUCGCGGGCGCCGUAUCUCAAGGCCGCCGGGCUUGACUCCCAUCUCAUCGAAGCCCUGUCCGGCCCGGAAGCCGCAGCCAAUGUCGACCUUGUGAAGACGCUUCAGGAUGGCUUGCAGCGGGCUACGGUAGAAGACGCUUACGCGUGGAGUCUGCGGAAUCUGUGGAUUUUGUACACGGGCAUUGCCGUUAUCGGGGGCGUGGCGAGCCUUUUCGUUGGCAGGUUGGUCCUAAGGGAGGAGCAUACGGAGCACAAAACUGGCUUGAAGGAGCCCAGCAGGCCAGAAGUACAGGCAUGA